GGAUGCGCGUGGCGGCGCCGGGACCGGACCCCUCCGAGCGGCAGCCGAGACUGCCCUGAGAAGCGUGUCAGCCACAAGUCGGGUUUUAGAGUACACAUCCCGAAAUGAAACACAACGCGGUAAAUCCCAGUGCCACCGAGCCCAGGAUCACUCCAAAUACUGUCAGCCCGUAUCUCCGGCAGUAGACGGAGCAGAGGGGAUGACAGCAGCACCGAGAGAAAUAGGCUGGGUUAUGGGCAAGUCAGAAAGCCAGAUGGAUAUAACUGAAAUGAAUACUCCAAAGCCAAAGAAGAAACAGCGCUGGAGUGGGCUGGAAAUUGGGCUGAUUGUUUUGGUCAUUCUGCUCGCCAUCGUUGCCAUCACCAUGAUUGUCCUGUACGCAACAUACGACGAUGGGAUUUGCAAGACACCAGACUGUAUAAAAUCAGCAGCCCGAAUCCUUGAGAACAUGGACACCACAGCAGAGCCUUGUGCUGAUUUUUACCAAUAUGCCUGUGGAGGAUGGCUCAAGAAGAACGUCAUUCCAGAGACCAGCUCCCGUUAUAGUAACUUUGACAUUUUAAGAGAUGAACUAGAAGUUGUUUUAAAAGAUGUCCUCGACACAUCGAGCAGUAACGACAUAGCAGCAGUGCAGAAGGCAAAAACUCUGUACAGGUCAUGCAUAAAUGAAACUACCAUUGACAGCAGAGGUGGAAGCCCUUUAAUCAGCUUAUUGCCAAAUGUAUCUGACUGGCCUGUAGCGACAACCAACUGGAAUUCUUCCUAUGGUACUGCUUGGACAGCUGAGACAGCCAUUGCACAGCUGAACUCCAGAUAUGGGAAAAAGGUCCUCAUUAAUUUUUUUGUGGGCACGGAUGACAAAAAUUCCUCAGCACAUAUCAUUCAUAUUGAUCAACCUGGGCUUGGCCUCCCUUCUCGUGACUACUAUGAAUGCACUGGUGCAUACAAAGAGGCAUGUUCUGCCUAUGUUGAUUUCAUGGUUUCUGUGGCCAAACUAAUCCUACAAGAAAGAAAUAUUUCCUUCAAUGAGAAUGAGGUUUCUGCAGAAAUGGAAAGAGUUAUGGACCUGGAGAAAGAGAUUGCCAAUGCAACAACAAAAUCUGAAGACAGAAACGAUCCACUUUUGCUGUACAAUAAAAUGACUUUGGCACAGCUCCAAAACAACUUCUCCUUGGAAAUCGACAACAAGGUAUUCAACUGGUCAAAAUUCAUAAAUGACAUCAUGUCAACGGUUCAAAUUAACAUUGAGAACACCGAACAUGUCGUUGUUUAUGAUCCAGAAUACCUCAUCAAGCUGAAGUCUGUCCUUACCAAAUACUCUCCCAGAGACCUUCAAAAUUACAUGGCUUGGAGAUUCAUAAUGGACCUUGUCAACAGCCUGAGCAGUGACUACAAGGAGACGAGGAAUGCUUUUCGUAAGGCACUUUACGGCACAACGUCCGAGACUGCUGUCUGGCGUCGCUGCGCGAACUACGUCAACGUCAACAUGGAGAACGCGGUGGGACGGCUCUAUGUGGAGGCAGCAUUUGCUGGAGACAGUAAACACGUGGUUGAGGAAAUGAUUACAGACAUCCGUGAUGUUUUUAUAAAAACUCUGGAUGAGCUUACCUGGAUGGAUGCAGAAACCAAACAGAAAGCAGAACAAAAAGCAGUAGCCAUUAGAGAGCGGAUUGGCUACCCAGAUGAGAUCGUGACCGACGACAACAAACUGAACAGCGAGUACCAGGAGUUGAGCUACAAAGAGGAAGAAUACUUUGAAAACAUUAUUCAAAAUCUAGUAUUUACCCAAAAGAAACGGUUGAAAAAGCUUCGAGAAGAGGUGGACAAAGAUGAGUGGAUAAGUGGAGCUGCUGUUGUCAAUGCUUUUUAUUCGGCCAGUAGAAACCAGAUAGUGUUCCCUGCUGGCAUUUUGCAGCCCCCUUUCUUCAGUGCAUCACAGCCCAAAUCUCUGAAUUACGGUGGCAUAGGCAUGGUCAUUGGUCACGAAAUCACACAUGGCUUCGAUGACAACGGCCGAAACUUCAACGAGAAUGGAGACCUCGUAGACUGGUGGACUGAAGAAUCAGCACGCAACUUUAAGGAGCUCGCCCAGUGCAUGGUGUACCAGUAUGGAAACUACUCCUGGGACCUAGCAGGUGGACAGAAUCUGAGUGGAAUCAACACACUAGGAGAAAACAUUGCUGAUAACGGGGGUGUCAGACAAGCGUACAGGGCCUAUGAAAACUUUGUGAAAAAGCAUGGAAAAGAAAAGCUUCUGCCUGGUGUGGACAUGAACCAUAAGCAGCUGUUUUUUCUGAACUUUGCACAGAUCUGGUGUGGAACAUACAGACCAGAAUAUGCUGUGAACUCCAUCAAAACUGAUGUGCACAGCCCAGGCAGAUUCAGGGUCAUAGGGUCACUGCAAAACUCUCCGGAGUUUUCUGAAGCCUUUUCGUGCACCGAGGCAAACUACAUGGAUCCUGCCAAGAAGUGCCGAGUGUGGUGACGGAACUGCAGACCUUGUCUCAUAGCAGCUUCCCACAAAAGGGGGGAUUUUGGACUAAUUUUGAGAAGGAGAGGAGGGAAGAAAGCUGCGGGGAACAUGCCAGAAUAGUCACUGUAAAUCUCAGUAAACGGGCAAAACCAAAAAAUCAAUCGAUCACCCCUGAGGGUACCAAGGGAAGGACUAAUGCCAGGGCUGCAGGGAGCUGCUGGAGCUCAUCGGCUGCUUUGCCUGCCACUGAACCCUGUAGAAGCCAAAUCACUUGACAGUGUGCGGUAACAUUUCACUUGUAGUUAAACCCGUUCCCCACUGGCCAGUGGCUUUCUGGGUUGAUUUCAAAUGCCCAAGUACAACACGUGAACUCCCAGUCGUCGGGAAACGCGCGGUCCUGAGCGAGCAGGGGAAGGAAAUCUUAAGUAACACACAGUUUUAGGCAUCAUAACGUGAUAGUGAGACAACAGCUUAUGUCCCAAGUGUCAGACUUUGUACCCUCUGCCGUUAAAUCUCUUCUACCAAAUGCUUUCGUUUUUACUUGAAGCCGUUUAUACAAGAGGAGUCCAAAGACCUGCUGUUCUUACGUAACUUCUCGCUCAUAUUCCAGUGUGUAUUAUCUCAAGUCACUAUGUACCAGAGUUUAUUUACUGCUUUCCAGCCAAACCCAAACGGUAGGUAAUUUAUUAAUCUUCGAACGUGUAAUCUGUAAGGUGGUGAUCACAGACCCUGUCACGGUUUUCUAAGCUUUUUCUUGCUUUCUCUAAAGUUGGUCUUUUUUAAAAGUUUCUAGCAACGUAUAAAUCAUAGUUUUUAUAUUUAAAUCUGAGCUACACUUUUGACUUGAAGUAUUGUAACAUAUUGUAUCAGUGGCUGCACAGAGCUGGGGAAUUAGAAUAAAGCACAGUCGCGGGCAAUAAGACAAAGUCCACGAAACUGAGUUCUCCGGUGGAGCGCAUCGAUGCUUUCGGGAUGAUUUCCUCAGUGUUUAGGGCCUGAUCCUGCACAUAAUUUAGACACGUUCUGAUCGACGUCAGCCCUCACAUCAAAAAAGCUGCACAGCUCGAUUGCAACAAUCAGAAGGAGCUUUAAGAAAGAUGGUAAAAGGCUUUAAAUCUGCAAUGACGUGUGCUCAGCAUCCUCCUGCAGGUUGCGAAGGAACUUCCUGCUUUGUGUACCAAAGCAAACAGAUUUCCAAACAGAAGUACCAGAUACCUCAGAUGACUGCUACAAUAGGUGUGUUUAAAAACCUGUGUUCCUUUUGGCAUUCUGUCAUCUGAUAAAAACAUUUUGAUAAUAAACUGAAAUU